AUGACGAUCAACGCUUCAAUCGCGACUGACUGGCCGGCCCUUGCAGACGCAUUUCGUCGGGCGGACCGCGUCGGCGAUUUGGACGCAUUCCGCAGUCGGCGCUGGGGGAACGACGGGCGCGCGGAUUGGCUGGAACAGGACCGUUUGCUCCGUCUAUCAGAGGCGCAGGCAACCGCGUUGUAUCGCGGAGCGGGCGGCAGGCAGACCAGACGGUUUGGAGCAAACCCCAUCGAUGAAGUACGUUACGCCGCCGAUUUCCUGCUUUACGACACCAUCAAGCUCGAAGACCGGUUCGCGGAAUGCGCCACCGAAUCGGGCGGCUUCGGCCUAGCCGGGGCGGGCAGGGAGUGGCCUUCGUACCUGCUGGCGCUGCGGGAACCCAUGCUUUUCGCUCCGUGGAGCCCGCAUACGGAGCGGACACUGCGGCGCUUGAGCAUGUUACCGGCCGGGUUCCGGAACGGGCACCCCGGAUUGUGUUACAUCGACCUGCUGGACAUCCUGGGCAUAUUGGCGCGGAGGAUGGGGAUGCUCGACUUUCGCAGCGUUGACGAGUUCUGUUACCUUAAUGGCCGCCAAAAAAGAACCGCUGGCGGACAGCCCUAG